UUUCAUUCCCAUAUAUCCCUUUUUCCAUACCCAGCCUGGAUGGUUUUGCUAGGUUCCUCGGGCUCGAUAGGUACUCAAACUCAAGGAAAGACGAUGCGCAUGGCGGCCUCAUCGGUUUCGGGUCAGGGUCCAUUCGGGGACACGACGUACACCAAAGUUUUUGUGGGAGGGCUAGCCUGGGAGACUGGGAGCGAUUCAUUGCGUCAAUACUUCGAACAGUUUGGGGAGAUUGCAGAGGCGGUUGUGAUCAUGGAUAUGCGCACCGGCCGCUCCAAAGGCUACGGUUUUGUCACAUUCCGUGACCCUUCAGCUGCAUCCAUGGCUUGUGCCAAUCCAAAUCCCACCAUUGAUGGCCGGAGGACCAACUGUAAUUUGGCCGUAUUUGGACGCCCUCCACCAUUUCCUCUUAAUGGACAUCUAACCUCAACUCUGCCCUACCUGGGAGUGCAGGCUUUGAGGGGGAUGAAUAUGGGAAGCUCCUUUUACCAGCUACUUCCAGUUCCUUAUUAUGGCUAUCAAUCUGGAUCCCCAUAUCUUCUAUAUAGGAACUCUGCAUUUGCCACAGAAAAUGCUUAUCCUCAGAUCUAUGACAUGGCAAGCAGAGUUGGCACAAACACACUGUCAUUUGGACACGUGGGCAGCCAACCUGGUAGUCCUGGGUAUACAAUGAUGCGAGGCUAUUUUGUGUCUUCUUCUCAUAUGGUACAAUAUCUUAGACCUAAUGUCAGCGGAGCAAUCAGUACCUACAGCGUUGCUGCAAUGCAAACACCAUCUUACUCCGGUAUGAUCACGUCAUCUCCGGUGCAAUCACAAACUGUAGUUCCUGCUCAUUCUUCGAACAAUAACUCUGAAUAAGCCUCGAAUUAAGUAAAGGAAUGUGAAGUUUAUAUCUCAGUGUUGAUCUAUAUCGAUGCCUCCUGCAACGUCUCAAUGUCACAGUGUAUCAUUGGACUACAGGCCUUCCAAGAAGUCAAGAACUACUGAUCUGAAUUGCUCGGAAGAGAUCAAAUUAAAUCUGCUAUGAUCUGAUAAGAAGCAAUGUAGAGCAAUCCAGAAACUAAACCUAUUACAACGUUGGACACAACAUUGCCACAAUCAAAUAUUGAUGCUCAAGGAAAAUGCUACGGAGUAUUUAAAUCGAUUUCUUUUUUUGGUAUCAAAUGCUCUGAUUUGCAAUAAAUAUUGUAUUUUUUAUAUAGAAAAUACUACUUGGACUCCCAAAUUCUACUUCCUGUAAUCCCUCGCACAAAAGUAUGAUGUUGACAUUUUCCUUGGGACCCACAGGAUUGCCACGUCAAGGAGUAAACGUGAUGGAGUAAAGAAUGGAGCCCAUG